GUGACCACCUUUUAAAAAGAAACAACUUCACUAAAGGGAGAUAAUGACAAUGUUGUUGUCCGUGUUACUGGGGACGAUUCUACUACAGACCGUGGUGGUCAGAUGUGAGGUUGAGUUUGAAUUUCUUACGAUCGACUGGGUAUGGCCGAACACCAGCAUGCGAGACGAAUACAUAGCUCGAGGGGAUUACGAUCCCAAGCUGUGUCACCUGUCUGCUAUACAGGUCGACGAUUUCAACAGCCAAACCAAAGUCUUUGUUACAGCGCCCAGACUAAAGGAAGCAAAAGGGGUUCCUUCAGGCCUGAACACAGUGGAACACCUAUCCCCUGACUCCAAAACUGGCAUCCUGCGCCCUUUCCCUGACUGGGAGACCAACAAGCUGGGAGACUGCAAUGCCCUUCAGCUGCCCAUGAGCAUAGCUAUUGACCCCAGGACAGGGUAUCUCUAUGUGAUAGAUGUUGGGAGAGUGGGCGUAACAUCUGACCACCCAUCAAAUCUAUGUCCACCUAAGUUGGUGGUCUUCAAUACCAGAGCUGGUGGUCUUCUGGUCAGGAGCCACGAGUUCCCAGAUUCAGUGGUCUCACGCAGCACCAACUUCCUGAAUGAUAUAGUGCUGGACUAUGUUGAUCUUGACCAUCCUACAGGGGUUAGAUAUGCUUAUAUCUCAGAUACAAAAGCUGAACAGAUUGUUGUUUUUGAUUUCUCUACUAAUGAAACAUGGAGCUUUAACGAUAUUUCAAUGUCAGCUGAUGAAGACAGCAACAUAACAAUUAAUGGCGUCUUAUACCAGUGGCCUUUUGGUAUCAAUGGCAUUGCUAUUUCACCUUCCUUCAACUACGUCUAUUACUCUGCUCUUGGUUCCAAAAAAUUGUGGCAGAUUCCGACAUGGGUCUUAAGAAAUAAAAAUGCAAAUUUUCUCGAUCAUGUUCGCACUGUUGGUAGCAAGGUGGACAACUCUGAUGCUAUGGUUUUUGGUAAACAAGGGCUGUACUAUGGAGCACUCUCCAAGAAUGCAGUUUAUGUAUGGGAUGCAGUAAAAGAUGCAGUCAGCCAGGGCGUGAGUGAAGGGGAGUUAAAACUUCAAACAGAAAGACAACUCAUCCAGAACUCGGAGACCAUCCAGUGGCCAGAUGGAAUAGCCCUGAGUGGCGCCACUAACAACCAAGGUGUUGGCUCCCUGUAUUUUGUCAGUGCCAGAGCACAGCUCUUUCACGCAGGAACUUUAGAUAUUUCAGGAGCUCAAGGAAUCAAUUUUAGAAUAUUUAAGAUACCAGUCAAUGAUGUGAGUGCCUUAUCUGAGCAGCCUUCUGAUACCACCUAUCCUCCAGUUAUUGUAGGAUAACAAAGCUUAUUCAUUUAAUUUGAGAUGUGUUCAUUUACUUUUUAAAUAAACAUUUAUUUUAUCA